UCUUCUCAAAAGUCCCUUUCUCUCCCUUUUCUUAAUUUCCGAUAAUCCUAAAACCCAUUCUUUUAAACCUCCCAGCACAUCAACAACGAACAAAUGGCCAAAGGAGGCAAGCUCAUGAGGCUCAAGUCGGUCCUCAAGAAACUCAACUCCUUCAACAACAACAACAACAACAACAAGCAAAGCCGCCCCAGUAAGAUUGGAAGCUCCAUAUCUGUCACCAACGAUGACAUCUCCUCCUCCUACUCCUCCGGUGAUCUCCACCCCGUCUACGUGGGAAAAUCUCGUCGACGCUAUCUCAUAAGCUCCGAUAUCAUUGACCAUCCACUGUUUCGUGAGCUUGCAGAGAGGUCUAGUACUGAGGAAUCCCCUGAUACUAUUAAUGUUGCAUGUGAGGUGGUUUUGUUCGAGCACUUGCUUUGGAUGUUGGAGAAUGCAGACCCACAACCUGAGUCUCUUGACGAGCUCGUUGAAUUCUAUGCUUGUUGAAACAAAUUCAAUUUGAAUGGUUAUCGUUUAACAACUUUUGAGGUGAUGAACUGAUGAUUCUUAAACUGGUUUGGGGUCAUCUGCGGCUGGAACAUCACGCCAUAUAUUACUAUGUUAUGUAUAGAGAAAGUAUUGUAAAUUGAUGUAAUAAACCAAUGAUUAGCGGUGUAGGAGAGGAUUAUUUAGAGAGGAAGGAGAGAUUCAAGGGUGAAGAUUCAUUAACACAAUUUCACACACCGGCUAAUUAAUCUCUAGGCCUGGUGACAAUUAUGCUUGUUGUUGAUUUGUAUUUCCAUUAAUUAAUGUCGUUUUAUUUUUUUAA